AUGUGCGCGUCCGCGGGAGGGCCCGGUAGAAAAUGGCGAGUCUGUGCAAAAGGCAGCAAUGCACGAUCGAGAGGCGCGGCUUUCGGCAGGAACUUGACUCGUGGCGACACAAACUCAUUCACUGUGUAGGGUUUGAAAGCAUUUUGGAAGGGCUGUUCGGGCCGGGACUAGUCAAAGAUAUUACCCUUUUUCAAGAUUGCGAGCCCGAGGUACUGUUGGAUUGGUCGUUUGAUGUAAAUUGUCUCUUUUGCUGCUUAAGACGAGAGAAAGUCAAGGAACACUUGGUUGGCAUCACUCCCCAGGUCUUAUCAGAGUCAGAGGACUUGAAACAGGACACGUCCAAAAUCAACCGCCUGGAGAAGCAAGCCGAAGAGUUCCUCAAUGCUGUCUUCUACAGAAAGGCAGACCUCCCAAGCUUCUCGGACCCUCACAUCCCUCUAGUGGCUCGUGAGAUAAUGCAGCGAAUGAUCCGUCAGUUCGCUGCCGAAUAUACCUCAAAAAACAGCUAUUCUCAGGACCCCCCCCAUCACCCCCAGCCCAACGGCAUCAAGGACCAAAGCCGCCUCCUGCCGAGAGCGGCCUCUCCAGCCCCGGCCCCCCUCGCUCUGCCGGGGGCGUCCAGCCCCUCGUCCCCCGCCCCGGGACCGGGCCUCAGCCCCGCCUCCGCCUCUGCCUUCGCCCCGGACAGUGGGAACGGAGCCGGUAGUAACUGUAGUGGUACCGGUGCUGCUGCCUCUGCACAGAACCCCGUCCUCAGCAAGCUUCUCAUGGCCGACCAGGACUCUCCACUGGACCUCACCGUCAAGAGGCCCGACCCCACAGAGACCAAAACAGAGGAUGGAGUCCUGGACCUCUCCACCAAGAAGGCCCACGGCACCAUCCUCAAAAACUCUCACAGUUACACCCUGUUGCCCACAGUGAAGGGGCGUGCCCUGAGAGUUGAACACUCCUUUCGGGACGUGGAGGACGAUGACAUGCUGCCGAGAAGCUUACAGGACGGGCUGAGGGACAGCUACGUCAGUUCCGCCCCCCUCAAGCCCCCAUUGGCCCAUUCGCUGCUUAUAAAGGAGGAGCUCCUCAGCCAGAAGCACCGCCUCCUCGGCCAGCCUCCAGCUCUCUCAUUGGCUAGUCUGGAGGCGGCGGGGCUUCUCAACCACGGGAACAAAGGGAACCACGUGGAGCCCCACCCCCUCCUGGCACGGGACGGCUCUCCGUGGGGUUCCUCCAGUGGUAAAGCCCACCACCACCAACUGGACAGCCUGCUGAGGCUGAAGCAGGCCAGCGCCAUCCUCUCAGACCUCCAAGACCUGCCUCUGUUCUUGGACAACCACCACCACGGGGCGUUCUCCUCCAAGAGCUCCUCCGGAGGUGGCCUCCGCCACCACCAUGGCUCCACCAAGACCCACCAUGAGGUGGUGGUUAAGAGGGAGCCGGGAGGCCACCACUCCCCGCCCGUGGACCUGAAGAUCCCCCAGGUGAGGGGCAUGGACCUGUCAUGGGACUCCCACGCCUCAGACCUGUACGGGUACGGGGCCAUGGUGGUGGGCGCCGGGGGCCACGGUGGGGUGGAGAAUGCUUUGAGCAGGAAGCUGAGGGUCAUCCUUCCCAAGCAGAACCGGCGUGCCGGUAGCCUGAGAGGCAGCCUGGGAGGUUUUCUGGAUGGGGCGGCAGACUACUGGAGCUCCGACGUGGACCAGGGGACCUCCGGGCAACCAUACCCGACCUCUGACCCCGAGGGCGACCCGUGCUCUAAGCAGCCCAGGAAGAAAAGGGGGCGCUACCGCCAGUACAACAGCCAGAUCUUAGAAGAGGCCAUCGGCAUGGUGAUGGGCGGGAAGAUGAGCGUAUCCAAGGCCCAGAACAUGUACGGGAUCCCUCACAGCACACUGGAGUACAAGGUGAAGGAGCGACUGGGCACACUGAAGAACCCUCCUAAGAAGAAGCUCAAAUUGACCUUGAGGAUGGGAGGACAGGAUUCCGCCGCCGAGUCAGAGACUACACCAACCGCGACACCGCGAGAGGUUGCGCCACCGGAGGCCGCCGAUCUGAACCACGAAAUGAAAAUGGAAUUUGAAGAUUAACUGAGAAACAACGAUGACGACGAAUCCUCCCUUUCCUUAUAUAUGUAUAAAAAACAUCUUAACAUUAAGACUGAAGUAAUUGGAAACAAAUGGAGCUUUAUUUGUGCCAAUUUACUGUUGCAGUAUCUGGGUGAGCACAAGCGCAGGGAUAUGAGGAGGAUUCUAAAACAAGCUGGAGAUGAAAACUAAACCAAUCGGCUGGUUCUGCGGUUGUCGUUUUGACACUGCACAUUUGUUUAGCUUUUAUAUCAAGCGGCGAAACAAAUGUGUCAAAAGCCACGAGUGACGUGACAGUUAUUAAUUACAGUUUGUAAAGCAUGUUGAUUAUCCCCCCCAAAACCCAAAACUCCCCCUAUUCUGAACUUGAUACACUGACCCUGCAUUGCUUUUAAAUGCAGUCUGGGCUGCGGAAUAUCUCAACUUUGGGAAAAAUUAGAGGGGGUUAAAAAUGAACCCUUUUGAACAUACUAUUAUGGUCCCCCCCUCUCUCAUUUAAGUACUAGUACCAAUUGGUAAGUGAACUGUCUCCUAUGUUUUGAACCAACUCUAAAACUAGUAAUGUCCCAGGAAGCUCUCUCACCAGGAAGCUGAAUCAAAACCGCAUUAUUUCUAUCGCCAGGUAGCCAUUUCUCUUUAACAAACGCAAAACUUUCUUUCCUCCUUCGAUAUUCUGCUACUCUUUAAAAGUGAACGAAAGCAACAUUGGCUGUGUCCUUUUUAAGGUAAAGACACAAAAUAGUCAAUCAGGGAUGCAUGUUCGUAAGUUUUAGUAAAUAACUACUAAGUUUUUGAAUAUUUUGAAUGUUUUUUUUGUUUGUUUUAUCUUCUUUUGUUUGGCUUUCUUUUGCACUACACUUUCAGUCUGGCGCUCACCGGCGCCGCCCAGUGGUGACAGACCAGGUUACCUCGGCAUUGCUGUCCUAGCAUCAUGCACUUAAGGUCUGUCAUAAUCCCCGGCCAACUGCGCUCCAGGUACAAGUUACCCGUAGCCACAGAUCUAGGAUCAGUUUACCCUGCCUUAACAAUUAGGGGGGAAACCUCAAAACUGACCUGAGAUCAGCAUGUAGGUGCAAUUUUAUAUCUCUGCUGCUCUCCUUGAGAGAGCUCCUCAACCUCAACGGUGGUAGGUAAAUGUUGCCUCUAACCACUGAUCCAUAGUCAGAUGUCUUUUUUAUUCCCUUAUUGCUAAGGUUUGGAUUGGGGCUUAGUGAUCUGAUCCUAGUUCAGUGGUUGAGCGCAACUUCUACCUCAAGCACCUGCAACAAGUGCAUCUGUUCCCAAUCCCGAUCCUAGGGAGCUGUAGCCAUCUCUGGUUUUCAUUCCAACCAAUGACCUCAUGCAUAUGCGCUCAGCUAAUUAGUGGGCGGGGUUCUCCUAACACCAUGACAUCACAUGGAGUGAUAACCACAUGCAUUGUAGCUCUCCAAGACCAGGAAGUGGAAACAUUGCUGCUACAACUAUAUUAUCCUGUACUGAGCGAAGGUUUUACCAGCCUUACUGUCUCUAAACACUAAACAUUUCAUAAAGUUUUCUGUUUUAGAAUUCUAACUAAGUAAAAGCUUCUUAGUUGAUGAGUUUUGAAAUGGCUCCUCUCAUUCCCAUGUGGUUUUAAAAUGUUCAAAGGUAGUUUCAAAGGCAGUUUAUUACGACAAUGUGCAUUUAUAC